AUAAAUAAAUAAAACCUGGUAAUCAUCGAAGAAGAAGAAGAAGAAGAAGAAGAGGGAGUGAGCCUAAGAAUGCAGCUGUGGAACAAAGCUCGAAGCUUUGCGGAAGAAACAGCGAAGCGAUCCCAAGACCUGUCCUUGGGAGCUUCCAAAUUCGGCGAUAUAAUAGCAGAGACGACCAAGGAGAUCGCGGCGCAAGCUUCCAAGCACUUGGCCGAACCUUCUUUGAACAAGGAUAAGGAUAAGGAUAAGGAUCUCCAUCUCCAUCUAGAGAGCUUUGGCAUCACCGACCACUUGAGGGAGUUCGUCAAAGGGAUCACCAUCACUACCUUUACGGAUUUCCCUCUUCAAGAUGAUACACAAUUGUCUGAUGUUCCUGCAGUUUCAAAUGUUAGGCAGGAUCUAACCCAGUGGCAGGAAAAACAUGCCAGUCUUGUUCUUUCUACAGUCAAGGAGAUUUCAAGAUUGAGGUAUGAGCUGUGUCCACGUGUCAUGAAAGAGAGGAGGUUUUGGAGAAUAUAUUUUAUACUUGUGAAUAGUCAUAUUGCACCCUAUGAGAAUCGAUACAUGGAAGAUGCUAAACUAAAAUCAUCUGAACAAGUACAAGAUCACAAAGUGGUGGAAAUGGAACCAUUAAAAGUUGAAUCGACCUCUAAUCAAGAGGUGCAAGAAGUGAAAAAAGAGACCAAAACUUCAGCUUCAUCAACUGAACAAGACUUGGAUGUAUUUCUUCUGGGAGGUACGGGAGACAGUGAUGAUGACCCAGAUGAUGGUGAUGGGGGCUUUGAUGACCAUUUGGACAAACUGGUGGAUAGUUCGGAUGAUGAGAAAGGGAAAUCAUAGAUGUUGCUUGCAAUUAUUGUCCGACAUUAAAGAAGUGGUUGCAACAUGCCUGAGAAUAUUCAUGAUGAAAUGAAGCUUAAUUUAUUGAUGUGAUUCAGAUGGUGGCUGAGCUGUUCCAUGGUGCCUACAUUUAUUCUUUCAACACUUUCCUGCCCCUUUACUUCAUGUGUUAAUAGUUCCCCAUGUUUAGGGAUGAAGGUUGGGUUUGUGAUUAUAAAGAAAGUUAAUUUAUUUGGUGACUAAUUUUGUUAAGUUUUUUAAAUAUAGGUUUCUUUUCUUUGUAUAUAAAAAUACAUAUUAAAUGUACCCAAAGGAAAAAGAAAAAACAUAGAGAUACUGCUUGGUGCUUAAAUCAGUUAUCCCUGCUAUGUAUAUUGCGGUCCUAUUCGUGUAGCUGGGAAUCCAGGGGAAAAUAAUAAAAGUAAUAAAAUU